AUGCAGCGAGGCGAGACCGACUUCUUUUCCGGGGAGCCCUUGCGAGCUCUAUGCACGCUGGUGUAUUCUGAGAACGUCGACCUUCAGCGGAGUGCCAGCCUUACAUUUGCAGAAAUAACAGAACGAGAUGUGCGCGAAGUAGACCGAGAUGUCCUCGAGCCAAUACUAUUCCUCUUGCAAAAUCCCGAUAUCGAGGUGCAAAGGGCGGCGAGUGCUGCCUUGGGUAACCUCGCAGUAAACAACGAAAACAAAGUCGCCAUCGUCCAGCUGGGAGGACUCCCACCAUUGAUUCGGCAGAUGAUGUCCCCGAACGUGGAAGUCCAGUGCAAUGCUGUUGGAUGUAUUACGAACCUUGCAACCCAUGAAGACAACAAGGCCAAGAUCGCAAGAUCGGGCGCUCUGGGCCCGCUGACCAGGCUAGCAAAGUCGAAAGAUAUGCGCGUUCAACGAAACGCUACCGGCGCGUUGCUCAACAUGACACAUUCUGACGACAAUCGCCAGCAGCUCGUUAACGCUGGUGCUAUCCCUGUUCUUGUACAACUUCUAUCUUCCAGUGAUCAGGACGUUCAAUACUACUGCACUACAGCUCUUAGCAAUAUUGCCGUCGACGCCUCAAACAGAAAGAAAUUGGCUCAGACCGAGUCGCGUCUUGUCCAGUCUUUGGUACAGCUAAUGGACUCUGGUACUCCGAAAGUCCAAUGUCAAGCUGCCUUGGCCCUUCGGAAUCUGGCUUCGGACGAAAAAUACCAGCUGGAGAUUGUCAGAGCUCGAGGCUUGCAGCCCCUCCUUCGACUCCUUCAGUCUUCCUACUUGCCCCUGAUUCUCUCCGCUGUGGCUUGCAUUCGAAACAUCUCCAUCCACCCGUUGAAUGAAUCACCCAUAAUCGACGCUGGUUUCCUGAAACCUUUGGUUGACCUUCUUGGAUCUACGGAUAAUGAGGAAAUCCAAUGCCACGCCAUCUCAACACUGCGCAAUCUCGCGGCAAGCUCGGACCGGAACAAACAGCUGGUUCUAGAAGCCGGUGCCGUACAGAAAUGCAAGGAACUGGUUCUUCAAGUUCCAUUAAGUGUACAAUCUGAGAUGACCGCGGCGAUUGCGGUGCUAGCUCUCAGUGACGAGCUGAAGCCACAUCUUCUGAACCUCGGAGUUUUCGACGUUCUUAUUCCCCUCACCGAUUCUGAGAGCAUUGAAGUGCAAGGCAAUAGUGCGGCUGCUCUGGGCAAUUUAUCUUCCAAAGUCGGUGAUUAUUCAAUCUUUGUCCGGGAUUGGACCGAACCAAAUGGCGGAAUUCACGGUUACUUGAAGCGUUUCCUGGCCAGCGGCGAUCCCACCUUCCAACAUAUUGCCAUUUGGACAUUGUUGCAACUCUUGGAAUCCGAAGACAAGAAGCUAGUCAGCCUGGUGGCCAAGUCCGAGGACAUCAUCCAAAUGGUCAAGACCAUUGCCGACAAGCACGUGGAAUCCGACGAUGAAGACGGCGAGGAAGGCGAGGGAGAAGUCAUUGCGCUUGCCCAGAGAUCCCUCGAACUACUUGGAAAGGGCCCGAAGCAGACAUUGGUAGAGGGCUAG